AUGGACAGCAACAACAACUUACCUUCAUCAACCCAGAAUGUGGAACCAAAAUGUAUAUCGAAACAGGAGUUGUGCCUGAACAACCCCUCAGAUUCAACAGGUAUAACAACAGAAUGGAUGCCUCUGAUGAUGACAUUAUGUCGAUCCCCAAGUUCUAUCCUCCAAGACACUACAGGUACAUUGACGGUAGAAGAUACUUCUUGGUUAGACGCUGCAAUGAUGGAUACCUUGCAGCAGGAUUCCUCAGUGAACGGGUUAGGCAGUGCCUCAGAAACAAUCCUCAGACCUGGGAAGAGCAAUGCACUAACAUGGCCAUUAAUCAGUGGGAAGGAACACGAGUUAGAAAAGUUGACUUCUGGUUAUGCUACUUACCCUUCCUCAGCCAACCUGACUUCGAACACAGACAAAUUGACUAUGACAAUGGCAUCACCUAUUAUCAACUCUCUUACAGACAAGUGGUGGUCUAUGAAAGCAAUAUCAGAGACACAAUUGAUACCUGGAAUAAUGUCCGAACAGAUCAAUGGACAGCUGAAGCUCAACAAAGAGUGGCAACCUUCAUCCACAACACUAUACAUGGAUGGACCCAGCCACAACCAAGCCACCAACCCGGUACCCCUGAAUCAUACCACCCACCAUCACCAACCCAUCAACAAAUCAAUGAUGCAAGAGAAUAUAGCGUCACCAAUGAACCACCAAUGGAUGACAAUGCCAGUGAUGCCA